ACUCAACAUUAGAAACCAUGGGGAGCACAGAAACUGUUCCUUUCUGGAACAUGAACAUUCCCAAGGACCAGAGAACCGAAGAGUGUCCUGACUUUCUCCAAGGCCUCCACAAGAAAGAUCAAGGCAUUCUGUCCACCCCAGACCAAGAGUACCACAUCUUCUCUUGGGCCGAAGUCCGCGACAUCAUCCAAACAAACCGCUUAGAAAAGUUCAAGCGUGUUCCCUCAGAGCUUAGACGCUACAAAGCCUUUACAUUCUAUCUGAAACAGAAGUACGGCAGUAUCGCCAACUUCAUUCAUGAACAUCGUCUUGGAUGGAGUACUCCACUGACGCCGCGCGGAGCACCGUUUGAGUUCGAGGACGAUUAUAAGAUCCUAUGGAAUGAUGCUCCUUACGGAGUAGAUCCGAGAAUAGCGCACCUUGUCGUGUGGACAAAGUUCGACCUCGUAGAAGAUCCCGCCACGGGAGAUUUGACAGACAAGGCAAGAAAAGAGAUUGAUGAUUUUGUGACAAAGACCUUUCGAGCGCAUAUCCCAGAGGAGAAUGUUCUUUGGUUUAGGAACUGGCAUUCUUUGCAAUCGGUCAAUACCGUGCAGCACUUUCACGUCAUGCUCUUCAACCCCGAUCCCGACUUUGUACGGAAGGUCACGAAGGGAGACGUUCCACGGGCAGGAAUGGAGGUUUACAAGUGAGUGUUGAGAGUUACUAAACAGGUAUCACUUACGGCGGUUCGUCUUUGUUGGAGUAAGCUGGAUAUGCUGAAGCAUUGGUGUUGGUAACGCCAUAUACGUUGAUCAAUACUACCUACUGCGUCAUGUAC